AUGGCCCCUGCCACUGCUAGUAAAGACAUGACGACGGGCGUGGACGUGUCUAGCUUGGACGAGUUGCAGAUGCAACUGCAUGCCAUGUCCUAUAGUGAGCCCAUGGACAUCGAGAGCGUUCCUCUCGUGCGCCACUUGUUGGACGAUUUAAACGCAGCAAAUGAAGCAAGAAAAGAAACAGAAAUGAAGCUAGAGAAGACACAACAAGAAGCACUUGAGCUGUCGCAGAUUAUACUACCAUUACGCAACGAGAAUGCUCAGCUCUUACAGGAGAAUAACACUUUACAUUUGGAACUUAUACACCAGGAAGAGACUCUCAUAGAGAAAGAAAAAGCCUGGAAGAUGCAUCUUGAGGAACUACAUGACGACAUGAAGAAACUGCAGCUCUUCGAUGGUCACCAGAUGCAACAAAGUCAUGAAAAAGACGACCAAGUGACUAAAGUGCAAGCACAGCUGGAAAACCUUUUGGUAACUGGCUUGACGUCCAUGGAAGAAACAAAGGACUGUCAUACGUCACAGAAGGCACUACAGAGACUCGAUAGUCACUGUCUAGAGACGACAAGUAUGCAAAACAUCUCGGAACAGCACGUACAAGUGAUAAAAGGCAUGCAGGAGCAAUUGACAGAGCUAACGACGGAAAAUGCCAAGCUUCAAGGCCAGUGUGACGAGUUUCAUGACAAAUUGAUCCGACGGGAACAGGAGAUCAGCAGAUUGUCAAAGUUUUUGAGAGAGGACGACCAAGAUCUGGAAGAGCAGGAUCAGACGAAUUUAAAGCAGAAGGCGUCUGAGUUACACGUCAAACAGCUAAGCAGCCAGGUGAAGUUACUCAAUGACCAGGUGGUCAAGUAUGAAAGUCGACUGAAGGAUGCUACAGAGCUAAUUUGUCGAAACAGCGGUAUCGCGGAGAAGCUGCAGCAAGCUGAGCUGGAACAAGACCAUUUUGUUAAGGAGCUGAGAGCGCUGCAGGCUAAAUAUAAUGAUUUGGAGGAAGAGCACUCACGAUGUAAAGACUCGCAACACGCGUCAAACGGCUCUCCAAUUCCGUGCAACCUCAUAUCCGCCUGCAGUGGUCCAGAAGCAGAAGAUUAUGCAAAUGUAGCAUCAUUGAAGGAGCAGGUGCAAACGCUUACGGCACACAAGGACCGCCUUGAAGAUGCUCUUCGUGUGAUGCACUAUGAUAAAAAAUCGUAUACGAACGCCCUUGCGAAUGCGAAUUCUCACAAUUGCGUGCUUACUAGCGACUUAGCUCAUGCUGAAGCAAAGUUAAAGAAGCUCACUGCGGAAAAAACCGAAUUGAAACAGUCGCUGGAAGACACUCGAGCUUCUCUUGAUGCAAACACCCGUGAGCUGGAAAAGCUGCGUGAAUUCCUCAGUCAGAGUGAGGACAAUCACGCUUUGGAAAGCGAGAAAAAUGCCUCACUACAUCGAGAUUUAAGGUCAAUGAGCAAACUGCUAUCCCAGCGCGACGAUGAAUGCCGAUCGUUGAGUAAUGCAAGAUUGAUUCAAGAGGAAGAGAUGGAGCGUUUGAAUGGAAAGCUUGACAGACUGAAAGCACUGAAGGGUAAAUCGGAUGGUGAAGAUGGAGCUCUUGAUGACAGGGAGGCAGUGUUUACACAAAAAGUGAAACGACUGGAAGAAGAACGUCGCCGGGAGAAGGAAGAGCUGAUGCUUCAGGUUGUCAAUCUCGAGGAAGACUUGCAGAAAGCCAAGGGUGUAAUUCAAGAGACUGAGCGUGAAAAAGAGAAGCUACUGGAGAAAGCUAACGCGGCAUCAAAGUUGCAGAGCAAUCUUGAAUCCAUACUGGAGACGGAAAAGCGUGAGUCUUCUUAUUUACAUAGUCAACUAGAAGAGAGCCAAGAAAAGAUUUGCGAUCUCACAGACAAGCUGAGCCAAGCACAGUUCAUGUUGAGUCGUGCUGAAGAGACUGUGAACGAGAAGCUGGUCGCUCAGAAUGAUGCAUUAACACUUAAACGAACCGUAGACGAGCUGCGCGACCAAAUCACUAGCUUGAAAAGUCGAGUGGAAAAUGACGAUCUGCACACGAAACGGCUGUCGGAUCAAAUCAAAAGGUUGCAAGCAGAAGCUGCAGUAGCGAACAAGAAAUGCUUAACGCUAGAGAAGGAGAAGGCAGAGCUGCAGAAUAACUACGACAACGCAAUGGUGGAGCUGCGCAAUGCCCGUCAGACGUGGAACCAUUAUCAAAAUGAAUUUGAAAAAAUGUCGAACGAGGCCCAGGCUCAACAACUAUCGCUCUCGUCUGGCCAAAACGCGCUUCAGUUUAGCCAGAGUUCCGUUAGCGAUUUAAAAAACCAGGUCCGACAACUGCAAAGCGAGUUGAAGCUGAGACAAAACAACUCACAUCAUUUAGAAACACGACUAGAACAAGAAAAGGCGAGUCACAAAAGCGUCCAGACGCAACUCGUUCUGCUUCAAGAUGAGCUUUUGCAGACGAAGGAGACAAAACGCGCACAUGAGAUUGCGUUAAAGCAGUUACGAGCUGAGCUUCAAGCAAAAGAUCGUGCAUUGACUGAGAAAACUGAAGGUCUUGAAAACGCGAAGUUGCUGAUGGAGCAAAUGGAGUCGUCUCGAGACCAAAUGGGUUUUCAAGCGAAGCAGCAGCAGCAACGGAUCCAGCGGUUUGAACAAGAAACGAAUGACCUAAAUGCUAAGGUAAGCUCUCUGAAUAGCGAAAUCUCGGCGAAAAAUAUUGAGAUCACGUCGCUAAAGAAGCUGACACGAACACUGGACAGUGAAAAGGAUGUUGUGAAUGAUCAGCUGGAUGUCUUGACCGAGAAAUAUCACGAAAUUGAAAAGGAGGCCAGCAAGCUUCGUAAGGCCGUGCAGGCAAAGAAAUCUGAUGCUACUGGGCUCCAAGAUCAAAUGAGCAAUUUGGUGAACAAGCUGAACGAAUCCGAAGACAAGCUUGACAAGAUGCAAUCUCACUGCUCGACACUUGAAAACGAGAUUGACCGACUAGAACAUUUGAAGGGAGUGCACACUGCCGAGCUGGCGGCACUCGCACAAGACUUGGAGAAUAUGACGGUCGAAAACCAAGCAAUUAGCGAAGAAUGCAACCGGCUGCGACGAAUGAAGCACUCCCAUUCUCAGUCCACUAAAACCAUGAAGCAGACUACACGAGAAAUUGAGCGGGAAAGAGACACACUGCAGAUUGAGUUGGAGGACCUGCGCCAUACGUACCGAUCAUUGAUCCAGGAACACGAAGGAAUGCAAAAAGCACGGACGGAGAUAUCUGCGCUACAAGAAGAGCUUAGCGUCGUGAAUGAAUCGUUGAGGAAGCAAGUCGCUACGCUUGACAACCAGCUCCAAAUACUGAGGGAAAAGAACAUGAUCGUGUCGACCGAAGCAGCUACGUAUCGUGAUCAAGUAAGUUUUCUUACGGAAAAGCUUCAGAAAAGUGAGGGAAAACAAGAUGACCUUCAGACGCGAAUGCAGCAGCUUGCGCAUGAGCUGGACACCCAAAAACAGGUUUCGACUGAGAUCUCUGCUCAGCGUUAUGGAGCCCAGGCUGAGAAUGCUGCCGUGUCACAGCGAAUCGUGCAUCUAGAGGCAAAAUUGAGCAAUUGCAAGUACGAACUCAAAUCCCUACAGGAUAAGUUGCACGACGAGCAGUCACGGCGGCGAAGCCUUGAAGAGGUUGCCUCUACUCUCCGUCAAAAAAUUGCAACAAACGAAGACAUGAUUUCGAAUCUGGAAGAGCAACGAAAUGCGAUGGUUGCAGAAAUUCAAGCUUAUCAUCAGUGUCAAGUGCCAGUUUCCGUGGCUGAAAUGAACAUGUCCGAGUUCAACCACUCACCAGCGUCUAUCGAUCAGACGCCUCAUGAAACGAGCAGUGCACAGAGAAAGCAUUUGUCCCAACCUUCAGCUAUAUCACCGUCAUCGAAUGCUAUUGAAAGUACUCCGGAAUCUGGUAGAAAAUCAUCCAGUACGUCCUCAUACCUGCCCCUCCAUGCUCUUGAAGAAGCCCAAAUGAAGUGCCAAGAGCUGGAAGAUCGGUUGAUUCAGCAAGACGACACCAUCAAGCAAUUGGAGCGAUCACGUAGCAAGUUCAAGCGAUUUGCGGCGAAAUAUGAGCGCGAAAUUGAGCAGCGCGAUCGAAAAAUCGAGGAGCUACAAAGCAGCUCCCAUGCAUCUUCGUUCGUGUCCCCCGAUGCGCGAUCGUUUGGGUCCAAACAGUCUCGUUCUUCGUCGUCAUCAUCGUCAAGUCGAUCACGAAGACAGCCUGUUAAUAUGAAUGCCUCCGAUAGUCGUGCAUUACCUUAA